CGAAUCUCCCAGCUCCGUGUUUUUAUUCCAAUUAGUUUUAUGUUUUGGAGUUUAACAACAUAAGAAGUGGCAACGAAGAAGUUUUAUGUGAACCUGAGGAUGAAGACUUUCACUGUGGCUGUGUUCCUACUUCACAUCGAGUGGAGUCUGGGGUCAGAAUGUGGGGAAGUCAAAAUAUUGAACAAUGGAAAAGCUGUUAAUUGUUCAUGCCCCUACCUGGACUGGUCUAAGUUGAAGAUUAAUUCUCAGUCAAGCCUGUCACUAGAAGACUGUGGAAUAUCACAUAUUAUUAACAUUACCGACACUCAAGGGUUGGAGAAACUGAAUCUCGGGAAAAACAAACUGCGGGAAAUCCCACAAGAGUUUCUUAACAGGUUACCAAAGUUAAGGGAUCUGAUUCUAAUUGACAACCCUCUAGAAAACAUCCCGCUCAGUUUUAUCAGGAAAAUGAACGUCAGCUUUAGUUGUUCUUGCCAUGUCUUGGAAGGUAUAUACGGCAGUUGCAAUGGGUCCAAGAACUGCACGAGUUCUCUAAACAACUUUACCUGCGUUAGACCAGACAAAUUUGAAUCGGACUAUUUGGGCAAAUACUACGAAAAUGAGUGCGCAGUUUCAAUCCUUGUCUGCACCCUUGUUCCGAUCUUGAUUGUUGUUGUCAUUGCGACCGUUGUUGUGGUGCUGGUGAAAUAUCGCUCGCGAAUCGGCUCUCACUUCUCGCCACCUCCAAGCAAACGGCAGUCGGUGUGCUCGGCGGACCAGGGGCAACAGCGGUACGCAAGCACAGCCGACUGGAAAGACACAGCAGCCGACUCGCGUGGAGCUGCCUCUGGGGCCCCUCACAAGGACUAUGAGAACGUCUUCAUGGGGGACUCGAACAAGGCAAGGAGAAAUCAGAAUCCUGAUAAUACGUACUAUCUGGAGAGUGAUGCAGGCUGUGAAAUUUACCAAAACGAGCAGCCUGUCUACUGUAACUACACCGGGCCGGCAGAUAAAGUGGAGGAAGACAUAUACAUAGUACCUGACAAUUAAGUACAGUGCUGGGAAUCCCCAAAUGUGUAAAAAGACUACCAAGUAGACAUUUUAACCCAUUUCCCUCUUAUAAUUGUCUUCAAAACUAUUCUUUCAAGAUCCUGGACAGAGAGCAGGAACCACUCUACUAGAGCACAUGGAUCUCAGUAUCAAAAUCCGCAGCUUAACCCAAACAACUGUAACUCAACAAAACCAUCAGCAUCACAACCUAAACUCUGCUUUUCUAGGCAACAUUCGACCUCAACAUAUGUGGACUACAAAGGGAAAUCGGGAAACUCAUAAAACAGCAGAAACCCACCCGAUAUCCAUCAGAAGAUUAAGAACUCGAGCAAGCAUUAGGACCCUUCCAGGAUUAUGUUGAAACCAAUUAGCUAACUGUUCAUCGUAUUGUUGAUAAUUUUUUUUUCUCAUGGUAAGUUCAUCAAGAGGAGGUUGUAGUUAGGAGCAGAACGCUGAGAUGAUGUGCCUUUUCCUUACGUGGCUUUGUGUCUGCAGUUUGAUACAAUCAGAAUGACUGAGAUUUAAGAUUGGAAUGGAGAGGAGACUGGGGAGUCAGAACUGCAGGAAUCAGCAAGGACAUCAAGAACUAGUUUACAGGAGCAGGAACUGCCAGUCAGUAAAUGUUUAGGUAUUAAAAUCCAAGAUAUUGAGGAAAGAAGGAACUAGUCAGAGGAACUAAGAGAAGCUGACUAAUGAAAGGAAUAAUUAGUCAGAAUGUUCGUUAUCUGUUCAGUGGGUUCUGGCAGAUUUGGCACUAUGCCAGGAGGACACUAUCUGUACACUGGGUCUACACUGGAAGCACACUCGGAGUAUAAUUGAAGUAUCCCGGACAGAGCAGAGACAAUCUGACAUCACAACGGGAACAUACUGGGAUGACACCGAUAGCAUACAGAGGGUAUACAUGGACAUUUGUAGCAAAUCGCACUUACCUGAAUGAAUCAACAAUCAAGGAUGGUUUGAACUAAAUCUGCCACAUAUAUCUGGGUCCUAUCAGACCCAGGUUGAGCAGAUAUUGCAGGGUCCACACGGCAAUAUCUUAGUUUGCUGCUUAUCAUGGAUUAGACCGAGCCCAAGGCUUUUGUGACAUAAUUGCAUCCAUGAGCAAAUGAUUUUAUCCACUUUGAUUUCAGUGAGAAGCAGCAUGUUGGAUAUCGGAAGUUGCCAGCAUUUCUGGCUUCCUACAUGCCUUAAGAGCCGUGACAUACACUCACGUGCAACCAUAUAUCCGAGACCAUUUCCCCUCCCUCGCUAUUCAGCUGCUGGCAGUUCAUCAGAGAAAGCUCCUGACAGUGAGUGCCACGUUUCCAGGAAGUAUACAGGGACGCCGAGCUUUUGGGACAUUUUUCCACGGAUGGUACCGCUCAGCCGGGGGCAAGGGUGACCCUAUACUAGCCCGGCUCCUCCUUCCGCAGCAGCUGGACGCCAUAACGUGGGAGCCACGUGUCAGAAUUACUGUGGAAAUCCCGUUGCCUGCAUCAGUCUGCGGGCGGCCGGCAGCGAACACGCCAGCGGACACAGAGGAUGUGUUCAGAAUGCAGCACAACCUGGAGCUGUGGGUAGAAUAUCAACUGUGAACUCAAAUCCUGAGGGACAGGCUAAAGGCUCUAAGAGCAAGAAGUGCAGCAGGAAGGGAAAGGCUGCUGCAGGGAAGACAGAGGCAGAGCAGAGGAAGGAGACAUUGACUGCAUGAGUUAUUGGGACUUCCUGACUGAGACACUUUUCAAAGGAGUCUCCUGAAUCAUUGUGCUCAAUGCAGACAACCAUCAUCUCCCCACUCCAGACUUUGAUAUCAACGGGUUCAUCUGUAGUUAACUAGGAGAGGAUCAGAAUUGCUUACAACCUCUUUUGCGUGUCCUCCUGCUCUGAUCAGAACACACCAGCAGAUGAAUUGCUGGUCCAGUUGCCGAAAUACCAUGCUACCACCAUUGUCAUGUAUCUUCCUGAUGUACGUUGUGAGGACAUGAAAUUUACCACUGUUGACCAAAUGAGUGAUGAUUCUCACACACAGAGGAGAGAGCUGGCACCUCCUCCGACUAGACUCUAUGAUGGUCAUUGUGGGUCUCCUGGCUUCCCAGCGCAGAGCACCUUCCUCCUGCCAUGUAGAGUGAAACAGGAACAGAAGUAGAUCCUUUCAGCUUUCUCCAGAACUCUUUACAAUCAAAACUAAUCCUAUAAUUCUGUACCACAUUCCUGCUUUCUCCCAUAUCCUUUAACAUUUUUUAUGUUUAGAUAAACUCAUAAAUAUAUUCAUAAGUAAAUCAUGAUAUACUGUAUGUUUAAAUAACUUGUUAAAUAUACUUGGUUUCCACAGACUUCUGAGGUAGAGAAUUCCACAGAUUCAUCAUCCUCUGAGAGGAGAAAUUCAUCAUCUAAGUCCUAAAUAUCUAAUUCCAUGUCCUAACCCCUGAUUAAACUACUCCACUAGCUAGGAGAAACAUCUUCCCUGUAUCCAGUCUGUUGAGCCUUGUCAUAUCUUUGUAUGUUUUAAUUAAAUCUUCCCUCAUUCGUCCCAGCCCUAGUGAAUUGACCCAACCUGCUGUAUCUUGUGGACGAGAACUUUUAUGUCUCCUUGAGUCAAUCUGGGGAUUCUCUCCCACUCCUUGCAGUUUCUGUCUCCGCUCCGCAGCCCUAAUGUGUGAUGCAGUCUGGAUGUCACGGAGUGUGCCUUUAACAACCACCACCUUUCUUGGAUCAGUGUUUGCGAAUUUUCAGAAGUUGUAUUUAGCUGAUUGUGAUGCCUUCAGAAUGCUGAUCUGAGGCUCGUUGCUGAGUGUAAUUAUCUAAUAUUUUUCAAAUGCUUUUUGACCAGUUUUACAGUAUUUUGUGGGGGGGAUAUGAUUGUAUUAUUCACAGCACAAGUUUAGCACAUCAUAAAAAAAGUGAAAUGUAGUUUCUAGACACGCGUGUGUAAAAUAUAAUUGAUGUAAUUGUAUUUGUGACUCUUGUAAAAUACCUUCAUGAUUGACCUAAAUGCCAUAAAGGAUUGAAUAAACUACUGUUA